AUGAACCGAAACCUACUCAUCACUGGCGCUGCAGGCUACAUCGGGGGUUCCAUCCUCGCGGACUUCAUUGCUCGUACAAGCGGUCUGAUCAAGACGGCAAACAUCAGCGCCGCCGUUCGAUCGGACGGACAAGCCGAAACCCUGGCCAAAUUAGGCGUCAACGUGGUUUGUGUUGAUCUUACAGACGAAACAGCUGUAAAUGAAGUCGUGCUUCGCAAUGAGAUUGGCAUCAUCCUCCAUACGGCCAGCUCGCACGACCCAAAAACUGUGUCCUAUCUUAUAAAGGCUCUGGGUCAGCGUCGCAAGGCCACUGGAACCGAAACAUACUUCGUGCAUACCUCGGGAACCACUGCAUUUGCUCCAGAGGCUGGCUGGCCCUCCGAAGAGAUGAAAGAUACCGAUGCUGUCUUCGAGACGGAGAAGCAGUUGGCAGCGAAUAACCCAAUCCGACUCACUGACAUCCAAGUCAUCGAAGAAGGCAAAACACAGGGCGUAACAACCCUUGUCGUUGUGACUCCAGCUGUUUACGGACGGGGUACGGGCGAGUGUAAGAAGAUGUCCAUUGCCUUCCCAACCUUCAUCAGAGCGAGCAUUAGGAACAAAGCGGUGCACCAAUUCGACAAGAACGGGAACCCCGCUGCAGUCCACAUCUCAGAUCUAACAGCCUUCUAUGGUCUUCUGAUGGAAAAGAUUUUGCAGGCAGAGGCGAUUCCGAACGGCGAGAAUGGCUACUACUUCGCGGUUGCUCACAAACUGUAUUGUUGGGAUUUGAUGCAACGUUUUGCUGAGCAGCUGCACGCCCUCGGGCUUGUCGAGGAGCCGAAAACACAGACUUGGCCCAGCGACGAAAUGGCAGCGGUAUCUCUUGGAGUUCCCCCAAUGAUCGCGCGAAUCAUGGGAACCCAUUGCACCCCACUCAUCCCCGUCAACGCAUAUCAGAUCGGGUGGCAACCUCGUUGGAAUGAGAAGAUGCUUCUAGACAGCGUGGAUCAGGAGAUUCAAGACGUGCUAGAAGCGGACAAUGUCAAGGUCGCUCCCUCCGAUCACUUCCCGGUGCUCGCCAAAUGGCAACGUAUCUAG